AUGAAUUCCACCGCCGGCGCCGAUGUCGCCGCGUUUAUCAACGAAGAAAAUUUCUUCGCCAUACAGGACUACUACGCUACCGCCAUAGCUAUGAUCAUGAUGUGGCACUACUUGCUCACGCUGGAUCAGGAGGUUGCCUACUUCUGGAGACACAGGCCGACGGGCGCAUGUGCGCUCUUCCUCGCGAACCGGUACCUCACCCUCAUCGUCUCUAUAUACAACACACCCUGGUGGUCUGUCAGCACUACAUAUACACCGUCAGUAUCCUUCCUGCCGAAGAUGUACAGUGCUCUGAUCAAUGUCCUGCUAGUGAACGCUGCGUCCCGCGUGUCACUCUUCGUCGCGGACUUUAUCGUCGUCGUCGUGACACGGUCAGUCACGCACGUGCACCGCCGCGAGACCUUCCUCUGCACACGAAUGUCGAUUGCGAGCGUACUGUACAAAUACGGCGGGAUCCACUUCCUCCUGCUCACCAUCUACAACACGCUCCGUCUCGUAAUAACGUUGCUCUCGAUCACAAGAGGCACUGCCGCCACGAUGUUUGUGAGUACGUUCGCGAAUUUCAGCGAUCCACUCAUUGGAAUCCUGAUGACGCACUUCCUUGUUGCGCUGCAGGAAGCAACCUCCAGCGCACCUGCGGAGGGGUACGACUCCGGGUCCGCCUUGUCGGUCGGGACGCUGCGCUUUGUGCGCGCGGAUGUGGACAACUGGCUCCAACAAUCCGUAAUUUCAAGCGUCCGCUUUACCGUAAACGGGCAGCCCCACGCGCUCGAAUCCUGGCCCGUUGACCCCUCCGAGUCGGUCGGGCUCCUGCACUUCGUCCGCGCGGACGUCGACAGCUAUUCUCAGUCCGAGAACGACCCGGAGGAGCACGAAGCUACUCUCGGAAGCGUCGCACAUACCGUCACGGAUUACACGUUCCAAUAUUCGCAAUACGUCAUCUGGGCAGUAUUCUCCUUUCUGCGCGUGUACGCACUGCAGAUGCGGCGGGGAUGGGCGGUCUUUGUCCUCGUCCUCUCGCUUGGCCACGUUGCCUAUGGUACAUGGGUCACGGUAACGGAAGAUAUCAUCUUCAAUUCGAAGGAUGGAUGUCAUUCGCAGAGCACUAUGCCAGAGAUGUUGAAUGUCAGACUGAUGUUGAUCAUGCAUGCGCUCUACCUAAUGGACCGGACGCUUCCGGCGGGGCCCGAGCCGACUCUGAUGUUACUGUACUUCUUGCACUUUUUCCCCCUCCUAAUCGAGCCAACUAUCGGGAUCCUCGUUAGCCACUUCCUCAUCUCGCUCCAAGAAGCCGUGAAUAGGCGCGUACAUCACCUGGACGACACGCACUCGAGCGUAGUGGCAUCAGACUCGCAGGACUCGGCCGGGACGGGAUCAGUCAGCCUGGUGCAGUUUGCCCGCGCGGACGUCGACGAGUGGCUUGAUUCCGAAGCCCCCGGCGCGCCGCCUGGCCCCGUUGAUGAUGGCCCGCGUGCGCAGUGGGAAGAGGAGUGUAUCGAAGCUCUGAAGACGGUGCAGGAGAGGGUCAGUAGCUCGGACUGCCACGAAUCGGUGUAG